AGUACAGCGUGGUUGCAACCCAAAUCGUAUCGUAUGUUUCUGUUAUGGUGGUUGGCUUGCUAAUUCAUUCAAUAUACUGUUAUGACGUUGGCGAGCCAGCACGUAAACAUAUUUGUAAAUAAAGGGCUUUCUUGUAUGUCAAAACGUUUAUGCAGUUGGCUACUUUAGUUAAUAACUUACCAUAGCCAACUACUGUUGUCUGUCUAGCAUGUAAUUUGCAAAAACCGGCUGUCAAUCAGUCAGCUAACAAGCUAACGUUAGCAAGGUAGUUUGGCUACUUCAAGUACUUUGCCUUAGCGAGCUAACUAGCAUAUUUAUCGGCAGGUAGCUUCAUUGCAAGUUUAGCCAGCUUGUAUGCUAGCUAAACUCGGAUAAAUCCUUCCAUAUUUGCACAAGGUUUGAGGAGAUGGCGGCAACAGAGUCAAGCUUGAGUCCAGUACCCACUGCGGAGUCCCUAGUUCCCGCUUGCAUGUUUGCGCCGGACGGAGGAUGUGGAGAAGACCUAGCUGGUACAGAGAGCUGUGAGGGCGGGGAGAGGCUCAAUGGCGAAGCCGUGGAUCACAUAGACUUUACUAGUAAGUUUGCGCUGGUCAGCCCCACAGGAGAGCAGUAUGACUCCUUAUUGCGGCAGCUCCGGGAGCGCAUGGACGAGGGCUGCGGGGAGACCAUCUACGUGGUGGGAGUCGGCUCAGACGGGGGAGAUUAUGGGCUGGAUGAGAAGGACAUGGACGCAUCGGUUGCCACGGUGCAGUCGCUAAGCGAACAGAUAGGCGCCGACCUCAUCCUGCUGCGGGAGCGGACCGAGGCGGGGGGGCGUAUCCGUGACUACCUCAUCCGCCGCCGCGUGGGUGAGACCGACUUCCUGGAGGUCAGGGUGGCGGUGGUGGGGAACGUGGACGCCGGUAAGAGCACCCUGCUGGGGGUGCUCACCCACGGCGAGCUGGACAACGGCCGCGGCUUCGCCCGCCAGAAGCUGUUCCGCCACAAGCACGAGAUGGAGAGCGGGCGCACCAGCAGCGUGGGCAACGACAUCCUGGGCUUCGACCACGAGGGCCAGGUGGUCAACAAGCCCGACAGCCACGGCGGCAGCCUGGACUGGACCAAGAUCUGCGAGAAGUCCUCCAAGGUCAUCACCUUCAUCGACCUGGCAGGGCACGAGAAGUACCUGAAGACCACCGUGUUCGGCAUGACCGGGCACGUGCCCGACUUCUGCAUGCUGAUGGUGGGCAGUAACGCUGGAAUAGUGGGCAUGACAAAAGAGCAUUUGGGCCUGGCACUGGCCCUCAAUGUGCCCGUCUUUGUGGUCGUUACAAAGAUAGACAUGUGCCCAGUAAACAUCUUACAAGAGACCCUGAAGCUGUUACAGAGGUUACUGAAGUCCCCAGGGUGCAGGAAGAUCCCUGUUCUGGUGCAGAACAAAGACGAUGUCAUCGUCACUGCCUCCAACUUCAGCUCUGAGAGGAUGUGUCCCAUCUUCCAGAUCUCCAAUGUUACGGGAGAGAACAUGGACCUGCUCAAGAUGUUCCUCAACCUGCUCUCCUCCAGAACAUCAUACAGCGAUGAUCAGCCAGCUGAGUUCCAGAUCGACGACACCUACUCUGUACCGGGUGUAGGCACAGUGGUAUCGGGGACUAUGUUACGCGGAUUGAUACGACUGAACGACAUGAUGUUACUCGGCCCUGACCCCCUCGGCAACUUCCUCCCUAUCGCUGUGAAAUCCAUCCACCGUAAGAGGAUGCCGGUGAAGGAGGUGAGGGGGGGUCAGACAGCCUCCUUCUCCCUUAAAAAGAUCAAGCGCUCCGCCAUCCGGAAAGGCAUGGUGAUGGUCUCGCCCCGCCUCAGCCCACAGGCAUCAUGGGAGUUUGAGGCUGAGAUUCUGGUGCUGCACCAUCCCACCACCAUCUCACCCAGAUACCAGGCUAUGGUGCACUGCGGCAGCAUCAGGCAAACGGCCACCAUCCUGUCGAUGAGCAGGGACUGCCUGCGCACGGGGGACAAGGCCACCGUCCACUUCCGCUUCAUCAAGACCCCCGAGUACCUGCACACGGAGCAGAAGCUGGUCUUCCGCGAGGGCCGCACCAAGGCCGUGGGGACCAUCGCCAAGCUCUUGCAGACGGUGAACAGUUUUCCUUCCAACGCCAAGGCCCCUCAGAUGAAGAUGCAGUCCACCAAGAAAGCCCCGCCUCGCCGUGAGGAGGAGUCUGCACCGGCCAAUGAGGAGGCGGCACCCGCGGGGCGGCCAACCAGCCCACAUUUAGCACAGCUGCAGCCAAAGUCUGGAGGCGGGGGCAGGAGGAGGGGAGGCCAGCGUCAUAAAGGAAAGUCCCUGAACAGCACGAUGGCGACCCCUGCUGGUGGAGUAGGAGGCUGUUAAACACCUGGUGGUGUCUUUCCCUCCAUUCUUAAAAAAAAUUUUUUUGUAUCUUUUCAUUUUCCUAUGCGACCUCUUUGUUCACGAGUGCUGUGUUGUAAAGCAGGACUAAAUGAACUGCCCCAUCCUCCAAAUGCAGGCAUUAAGCAGUGAGUUUCAGAAGAGUUCUGCCUCAUGCACCACAGCAGCUAAUUGUGGUUACCCGGCAACAGCUUGGCGUCCAUACAUAAUUUGGUUCUCAUUGCUGUCGGUCAUGUUUCUUUUCUGUUCUUCACCUUUGACCUCUGGCCGGCCCUAGGUGGACUGUCGCAGACAGAGACGGCCGUAAGGCUCCUUUCCAAACUAAUUUAUUCGGCUUUGAAUGGGACUUGUUUAUGAAAGAGGAGACGUGGCAUUAGUUAUGAAUAUUUUAGAAAAAAAAUAAAAUAUGUAGGAAUUCGGGAACAGAGAGUGCUGAAGCUGUCCCCUCCUCUCUGUUUUGUUUCCCUGUGUGAAGACUCCUGCGCAGUGCGCUUCGUUGUUCUUUAUGGAAAUAGAAUCGAGACGAGAGAGGUCGGCCUGACAGGAAAGGGUGUGUGCCGCAGUACCCCAGACUUCACGGCCAUUCAGCUGGCCUUCUCAUCCACACCCGCUUGCACAGCUGUUGCUUUUUUUCUUUUUUAAAAACAUAGUACGCAUUAAUACAGCUUGGGUAUGUACCCGAAGCGGUUACACACCCAGCUUAUAUAUACCUAGCUCCUUGCUCAAGAGCGCGUCCUUUAUAGGAGACCGUUUUGACGUAGAAAUGGGGAUCGGAGCCCGUCUGAGGGGAAAGGACGGGGCGCUCCCCUCAGGAGCCGCGGCAGGCGCUCGCUGGACGUGCCGCCAGGCCGCCCGCGCUCAUAGGAAAGGGAAAUUGGGACGGCGGACCGGAGGCCAGCGGGCAGAAGGCCCAGUGUGUUGUCUGUUCUUCACUAAGAGACAGGAAAUGACUCUGUACCGGACACCAGGGGGGACGGGCUCGAACACACACGCAGUGACACACACGCAUGCACGCACGCACACAGACAUACAUGCCCGCACAUGCGCACACACACACGCAGGUACACAGACACGCACGCACAGAUACAUGCACACAGACAUACAUGCCCACGCAUACACACACACACACACAUGGACACAUGACAAACAUACGCGUGCGCGCACACACACAGUCACGUAUACAUGCACACACAAAGACGCACACACACACACUCACGUACACACACACAAAAAAAAAGACCCAGACUUUUAAAAGUAUUUCUGAGCUGGCUCUUCUUUUUGUGAAUACAGUUGCAACUGGAGCCUACGAUCAUUCAAAAUCAAAGGAAAUCUAAUCUCUCAGAAUGACGUGCUUGUCUGUGGAUGAGAGCUUGACUUUAUUCACCCGAUACACUGAAUGGCUUUGACACGUGUAGCAAUUACCACAGCAUUCCUAAUAGACGCUUGAUUCAUAUUCAACGACUGAGCAAUUUACCAUUUCCAGUUGAAUGCAUUUGUAAGUGACUAGUCUGGAUAUCGCCUCCAUGCUAAUGGAAGAAUGAAAUAAAAAUGUACGGACUGCCGUGCCUUUUUAAAUAUGAAGGCCAUUUUAUGUCCUAAUUAAGUUGUGUGCAGUUCUGAUGCUGUAUUUCGGACCUGGAUACAUAAAUGAAUGUAGUUAGGUUUACUGGUAUCACAUAGAAACCAAGUUGCUUACCAGCAGCGAUUAGUGCAAAUGCUAUCUGCGUUUCCAUUUCACAGUUGACAGCAUAUUUGCUGGGAUCGCUAAAACCAUCCAUUUUUUACUUUUGUCUGAAUUUUCCACCAAUAUGGCCACUUCGGAAUCACUUUCCUUCAGGGAAAAGUGUAAUGUCAUGAUUUUAGCUAAUUUCCUUUAAUCAGGGAGGACUGCAUAAUUCACAUUUUAGAAUGGUUUGACUUAAUAGUGUACCCAAGAUGCAAUGCAAGUAGAGUGAGUUGGUGUCAUGUUCAUUCGCCUUCAUAUGUAUUUAGAGCAGUUGUUUCGCAUUGCUUCAGAGUUUAAAAAAAAAAAGAAGGAAAUUUUCACUUUUUUGGACUAAACUCAACUUCUGGAACUAUCUGUUUGAUGAGACCCACAGACCCUGGGACUCAGUGAUUCUGAUUUUUAUUUGAAUUGUCCUGCCUUUUUCUCUGCAUUUGCAGGAAUGUCUGUAAACAUGUCUUGUAAAUAUUUUACCACACAGGUGCUCACACACACACACACACACACACACACACACACACACACACACCGCUGUAGAUAAAUACUUCUUAUGCAGAUCAUAAAGUAUGUGUUCCCUGUAAAACCACAGUAUCCUGAAAGGCCGUAGAUCCCGUUAGUAUGCUGACAAAUUGGGAUUCCACUCUUCGGAGUUGGGAGUUAUAAAAAUCUGUUUUAUUAUGCUUGAGCAGUAAUUGAACAUUUUAUAUGUGAGUAGGGAGAGAAUAUUUAUGGACCCGGAAGGAUGGCAGAAGGUCACAGUGGCAGGCGAGAGUAAUUUUUUUUUAAGGUUCUUUUUCUAAAUGUGGAACACUUUUUAUUAGGCUGUGAGAUGUUUGUUUCAUGAGGCAAGUUGAGAAAAAUGGAAGUGCAGUUUAUAAAAGGCUUUUAUCAGGGACGUAAUCUCAAAACUGUCAGCAUUUUUUUUCUCAGUAAGGCUUUUUUUAAUUAGUGCAUGAUUUUUAUUUUAUUUUAUUUCUUUGGAAAACAAAUGUUUGUAUUUACAAAAGAAAAUGCUACAAAAAAUUGCACCAGAUAAAAGGUGAAUUUGUGUUGUACAUGAUUUUAAAUAAAAUAUCACGUAAGCGCACAAUAGCA